UGAGUCUGCAUACGUACAAAAUUAUAGGAUAAUAUUAUUGAAUAGCCAAAUAAAACAAUUAACAGAGAUAAAGUUUUUUGUUGCAAAAUAGUCAUGGUCCCACGUUGUCAGAUGAAGUGAAAUACCAAAACUAUCUUUUAUUUGUUGCGAGAUCAACGAUAUGCGAGACAGUUUCGUGAGAUUUUUUCAAAAUACCAUGUAACAUUUAAAUUUCAAAUGUUUAACUAAAAACAUGAAAUUUCAAAAAAUAUAGUGAAACCCUAUUUAUGCGUAAUUGUCUAUGCUCAUAUAUACUUCUCUCUGUCUGUCUUUGUCUCUCUCUCUCUCUCAUUCAUCAUUUACACAAGUUUUCUCUUAAUUAAGACGACUUGAGAAAGAAAGAAAGAAAGAAACGUGGAAGAUGACCAAAUCUGGAGAGAGACCAAAACAGAGACAGAGGAAAGGGUUAUGGUCACCUGAAGAAGACCAGAAGCUCAAGAGUUUCAUCCUCUCUCGUGGCCAUGCUUGCUGGACCACUGUUCCCAUCCUAGCUGGAUUGCAAAGGAAUGGGAAAAGCUGCAGAUUAAGGUGGAUUAAUUACCUAAGGCCAGGAUUAAAGAGAGGGACGUUUAGUGAAGAAGAAGAAGAGACCAUCUUGACUUUACAUGCUUCCUUGGGUAACAAGUGGUCGCGGAUUGCAAAAUACCUACCUGGAAGAACAGACAACGAGAUUAAGAACUACUGGCACUCUUAUCUGAAGAAGAGAUGGCUCAAAUCUCAACCACAGCUCAAAACCCAAAGAUCAGACCUCACAGACUCUUCUCCUUCUUCACUACUUUCUUGCGGGAAAAGAAAUCCGGAAACCGAAACCCUAGAUCACGUGAUCUCCUUCCAGAAAUUUGCAGAGAAGCCAACUUCAUCACCAUCCAAAGACAGCAAUAACAACAUGAUCAUGAACAACAGUAAUAACUUACCUAAACUGUUCUUCUCCGAGUGGAUCAGUUCUUCAAAUCCACACAUCGAUUACUCCUCUGCUUUUACAGAUUCUAAGCACAUUAAUGAAACUCAAGAUCAAAUCGAUGAAGAAGAAGUGAUGAUGAUCAAUAACAACAACAACUACUCUUCACUUGAGGAUGUCAUGCUCCGUACAGAGUUUUUGCAGCCUGAUCAUGAGUAUGCAAAUUAUUAUUCUUCUGGGGAUUUCUUCAUCAACAAUGACCAAAAUUAUGUCUAAAGGAAUCGUCAGUCGAGAAAAGUGAAUAUGAUCGUAAGAGGAACAUAAACAAGUUACUUGUAUUACAAGUUACAGAAACAUCUAGAUUCUUAGAUCAAACAUGAACAAAUAAAAAAUUUAUCAUGUGGAAAUCUUGGAACUCUAUUUGAAAUUGGUUAUUUAUUUUUCACGACAAUUUGUAUAUAUAGAAUAACAAUUUGUAUUUUUUUUUAAUAAAACCAAUUAUUUGUAUGGUCAGUGUGCUGUUUAUAAUUGGUUCACGUCUCUUUCUUUGUCUGUCUUCUUGUUCCUCAUUAGAGUUUACUAUUGUCGUAG